UUUCAUUUCCUUUCUCUCUCUAUUACUUUUCCCUAUAAAAGUCCCCUUUCCCCUUCGUUCUCUCACCCAACCAAAUUCAUAUCUCUCAGCAUAUGUCUCAGAGAUCUAACAUCCCACACUUUGCAUCUAUAGCCUUUUCCAUUCACUCCAUCUCCUGGUUUCAAGUGAAAUAUCCUCUAAUUACAACUGAUCCUAAUUUUUCCCUAUAACUCAGGAAAAAAAAGAAGGUAAUUCAAGAUCUUGAUUCCCUUUUUAAUUUCUCAUCAAAGGUAAAAAAAAAUUGUUUGGAGUAGAUCUUGAUAAUUAUGGGGGUUAAAGGCUUUGUUGAAGGAGGCAUUGCUUCUAUUAUUGCUGGAUGUAGUACACAUCCACUUGAUCUCAUCAAGGUACGUAUGCAGCUUCACGGCGAAGCGUCUGGUUCAAGUACAACUGGUCAGACGCUUCGCCCUGUUCAUGCUUUUCAUCCUCCCAAUCACGCAAAUACUGCCCAUGCGCCAGUUGCUCCUCGUGUGGGCCCCAUUUCCGUCGGUGUACGGAUCCUGCAGCAAGAGGGUGCUGCCGCCCUUUUUUCCGGCAUAUCCGCCACCAUGCUCCGUCAGACCCUUUAUUCGACGACCCGGAUGGGGUUAUACGACAUGUUGAAGAAAAAAUGGACCGAUCCGAAUACGAAGAAUAUGCCACUGGGGAAAAAAAUUGUCUCCGGACUUAUCGCCGGCGGAAUUGGGGCGGCCGUCGGUAACCCUGCUGACGUGGCAAUGGUACGGAUGCAGGCCGAUGGUCGGUUACCAGCUGCGCAACGGCGGAAUUACAAGAGUGUGGUGGAUGCUAUAACGCAAAUGAGCAAGAACGAGGGCAUUACUAGCCUGUGGCGCGGUUCUUCCCUUACGGUGAACCGAGCCAUGCUGGUGACGGCCUCGCAGCUUGCAUCUUAUGACGAGUUCAAGGAAUUGAUUUUAGGGAAGGGUUUGAUGAAAGACGGGCUCGGGACCCAUGUGACGGCUAGCUUUGCCGCUGGUUUCGUAGCGUCGGUGGUGACGAAUCCGGUGGACGUGAUCAAGACUCGGAUUAUGAACAUGAAGGUGGAGUCUGGAGCGGCUCCACCUUACAACGGGGCACUUGAUUGUGCAAUGAAAACAAUCAAAGCUGAGGGGCCAAUGGCCUUGUAUAAGGGAUUUAUUCCUACAAUUUCAAGGCAAGGACCCUUUACUAUUGUGCUCUUUGUUACAUUGGAACAGGUCCGAAAAUUGCUUAAGGACUUUUAAUUAAUUAAUUGAUGAUAUGAUGAUGACGAAGAAUUUUUAUUUAGUUGAAGUUUAAUUAAACUCGAGUAUUAGUUAAUUCCAUAAAA